AUGUUUGAAGAUGUGACUCACAACAUCUCACAAAACCUUGAGGCAAGGAAGCUUUAUGAGCAGGUGGUGUCCAGCCACCCAAGUAGUGCUGAAGCUCACCUUCGACUGGCAGAGUUUGCACAGGAGGCGGAUGAUGCCCAGGAAGCCUACCGCAUAGCGCUGCAGGCUGUGAAGGUGGCCCCUCGCGAUGCGGCAGCGCAUCUCUCUUUGGGCCAUGCAAGCUCAAAGUUGGGAAGGCCCCACCAUCCGACGUCGUUUGCAGACUUGCAGACCUGUGGCAACUUGAGUCAAGAUAAGCGCACUGGAUUGUUUGAUGUCUAUUGA